CGUCGUGAAGGCAUGCAGUCGCAGGGUGAUGACGAUACACAAACUCGAAGAUGGAGUGUAAACCCAAACACAUGUCUGCUUUUGCUUUAUAUCAAAUUGCAGCUGCGGAGUUGUCUCUUAAUGAAAAAAAGCGUCCAUUGAAGGUGUCACCCAAAAAGAAAAAGCUGAAGGAGAAUGGUGUGGCCACCGCUAAACCCAACAAAAGUGUAGUAAUUAAGAAGAAACCAAAGAAGCUUGUGAAGACUGUGAUAAAAGGAGAACCCCUGGAAAGAGUUCCACAGACAAAGCCGUGUGAAGACAAUGAGGAAGGCACAUCAUUAAAUGCUGUGCUAGCAGACCUGGCAAGGGUGAAUAACAGUCGGGACAGAGCAAGCAAACUGUUCCAGUGGCUCAUCCACCCAGUUCCCGCCAAAGACUUCUUCAAGGACACAUGGGAAAAGAAGCCCCUCUUAAUCCCGCGUCAGAAUCCAGACUACUACAAUGGACUCUUUUCCACGGCAGAGUUCGACCGCAUUUUGAGAGAGGAUGACGUCCAGUAUGGAGUGAACCUGGACGUCACCAGCUACACCAACGGCAAGAGGGACACGCACAACCCCCCAGGCCGGGCGCUGCCCUUCAGCGUGUGGGACUUCUACUCGAGUGGCUGCUCCCUGCGCAUGCUGAACCCCCAGGCCUUCUCCUCCACAGUAUGGAACUUCCUCUCCAUCCUCCAGGAACAGUUUGGCAGCAUGGCCGGGGCCAACGUGUAUCUGACUCCUCCCGGAACCCAAGGCUUCGCCCCACACUAUGAUGACAUUGAAGCCUUCGUGGUUCAGCUGGAGGGAAAGAAACACUGGCGAGUGUACAACCCAAGGUCCUUGGAAGAAGUAUUGCCAGUUACUUCGAGCCCCAACUUCAGUCAGUCAGAGAUCGGGAGCCCAGUGCUGGAGGUGGUCUUGGAGGCCGGGGACCUGCUCUACUUCCCACGCGGGUUCAUCCACCAGGGAGACUGCCUGCCAAACUCCCACUCCCUCCACGUCACCGUCUCCUCCUUCCAGAGGAACAGCUGGGGAGACCUGCUCGCCAAGCUGGUGCCUGCGGCCCUUGGGGUAGCGAUGGAGGAGGAUGUGGAGUACAGGCAGGGCUUGCCACUGGACUACCUGACGUACAUGGGCGUACAAAACUCUGACAAGGAGGACCCACGGCGAGAGAAGUUCCUGUCCCGUAUGGGCGGCCUGAUGAACAAGCUGGCCGGCUACGCACCGGUGGACGCCGCUGUAGACGAGAAGGCCAAGGAGCUCCUCCACGACUGUCUGCCUCCAGCACUCACUCCAGAGGAACAGGCCAGCAGUGUUCAAGGCUCCUCCACUAGGUGGGGGAAUGGGAGGCCUUUGAAUGUCGGCGCUAACAUCAACAGCCAGACCCGGGUGAAACUCAUUCGCGCUGGUUGUGCCAGGUUGUGUAGUGAUGGGGAGGUCAUCCAGUUGUACUACACUACGGACAACUCCAGAGUAUACCACAAAGAGGAGCUCAAGAGUUUUGAAAUCAAAACAGAGUGUGCGGACGGUGUUGAGUUCCUGAUCCACGCGUACCCCCAGUUUGUGUCGGUGCUAAGUAUUCCAUGUGACUCGGUUGCAGAAAGGAUUGCUUUGGCUGAGCUGCUGUUUGAGAAAGGGAUUAUCCGCACUGCAGAGCCUCUCUAGUGUUGGACACGGUUCCCACAGUUCUGGCCUCCAACACAUUUGGACUGGAUUCCAGUUUCAGCUUUGAACCUAUAUCAAUAAACCUGCGAUACAAAACAUCUCUGGCAACUAUUAGUCUCUCCGCUAUACUGCAGUAGACGUAAAAAGAAUGUCUAAUUAAUGCUUUGUAUUAAAGGAUGGGAAUGAUUGUCGCAUGAAAAGCAAAAAAACCUUGCAAGAAAAUAAAAAUGAUUGACCAUUUUCACAGAAAUGUCCAUG